AUGAUCUCAAAAAGAGAAUCUUUUUAUGAACAUUUCAUUUAUGGCCAGAGGGUAUUUGCUGAAAGCAGAUUGCCAAGUUCAUCCAUUGAUCUUGGUAGCUUUGUAUAUCAUCAACGACUAGAAACACUAAGAAUUGGAAUUAAGAAUCUGGUAAAUUUGUUGAAAUGCUGAGUGGUACAAAUCAAAGUAGCAAAUUCCUAAGAGGCGCUCUGGUAUAAGACCUAUGCAGAUUUAGUGUUCCUCAAUUAAAUUAACUUGACUUUUGAUUGGCCCUUGAGGUCAGCUGACAUUGUCUGUUUGAAACUGGCCAUUGCAUUUGUGGGUAAAUUUGCUUUUAUACUUCAUGGAGAGUUCUUGCAUGCCACACCCAUCCUUUCUUUGAAUUAUGUGCUUUCCUUUUUGUGGUUGUAUAGUCUAAUGCAAAUGGAAGAAGAUUACUAAUCUUUAACCACAGACCUUAAAAGUUAGUUCCCAUGUUAUAUUGAGAAUUCGAGAUCAGUUUACUCUUCACUGCCCACGUUUUUGUCUACAGUUACUUUUCCAUGAAAAUAUUCGUAUUGAAGUUAGCAACCCAGCAUCCGAAGGUUCAAAUUUGAAGUAUAACUCCUGGAAUGCACAGAUAACUCCUUUGGUUUCUCUUUUUGCCUUAACUCAGGCCGAGAAUCCUCAUCUCCUUGUCCUCUCAUUGUCCUGUUUUCUUGUCUUCAAAGAGCCCAACAUUAAGAGUGACACUGUACACCCUGUAUCACGGAUAUGAAAACAUGAAGGCACACCUUCUGUCAGUUCCUUUUCUUUCACACUAUCAGGAAGCUUUGGAACCUUCGAAACUCAUGGGUUUAGCAGUCUUGUGAUUUCAACAUUGUAGACUGUGUGGGCUCUUAAUAAUUUAGUUUGAUGUUGUACCUUUAAACUUAACCAUUUAUUGUAGAAUACAUGCAUUUUAACAAUAUGGUUUGUACUUCAUACCAAUCUCAGUCGAAGCAGCUGAAGUGUUGUUAGACAUAAUGCAUCAUUGCAACAGGGGAACAAAGCAUGGUUGCCAGGCGAACUCUAUGUUUAGGAAAAGUAUUGUUUCAGAUUAGCUAAAAGGGGUGAACGCCGAUUUUACCAGUUAGCUAAAUCAUCCUCUUUACUGGGUCUAUUGGUUCACUUCUCCAGACCCAGUGACCCUGUUUGUUAAACCCCCAUUGUUAGCUAGUGAGCACAGGUAGACCUUACCAAAACUAUUGCUGAAAUUUAUAGAAGUGUGCAACUUUUAGAUGAAACUCUUAUCGUGGACCAACACUGAUGGAUCUACUUCUGGAUGUUUCCUGUUCUCUUACCUAUAAAGUAACAAAGAUCCCCUACCUUUAUCCUCUGGUACUUGGUUCUGGAUUGCUUGUAGAUCUAACCGUAACUUUGCGCUAGCAGGCUGCUCUUGAGAAAGGCAAGAACUCGGAAGGAGUGUCGGAUGUGGAUGUCGAAAAUGAAGAAGUGCAGUCUACUGAAGAUUUAGAUCAUACAUCCAAAUCUGUUGAAGCAUUGACAUCUCAGAUGAAAGCGAUAGCUGUUUCAGCAAAUUCUAUUGGAGUAACUCCUCCAGUAGACUCGUCAGAAGCUUCAUGUCCCGAGCCUGCCAUCCAGGAUAUUGAUAAAAGAAUCCGGGCUCUAAAAAAGAAGGUACAUAACUAUUAAUUGAAAUGCCUUGUUCAUGCAAGUACUUGUUCAUCUCUCUCAGGAGAUCCCAAUUUUCCCCUCUGGGUUGGAUACUUGAAAAAAGUUGCCAAUUUUGUGCAUUCUAAAAAAAAACUUGCCAAUUUUGUGAACGUCAAUGAGCUAUCUUGAGUGUCAGAUUAAAAUUUGGGAUGCCAGCCUGAUUAACAGGUAGUAUUAGGGUCUGCAUGGGCCAUUGUAGUAAUUCAGGAAGGAAGCGAACAAACUAGGAUUCAGGUUUGCUGUUCCUGUAUUGGCAUAUUCUCUCUGGAUAACUUUCUAAUGGUUAUCAUCAUCACAUAAAGAAGGGAAGGGUGAAAACGUCUCUGGUGCCUUUAAUUUAAUUUGCAAAAGCAUGCUUGUAAGCUUCAAAAGCAUGUAUCAAUAUUUAUCCUUUGCAUAAAGUUUCAGCUCUUCUAACCAGCAUGAAAGCUUUACUUGUAGCAGUUUGGUACUAAUGAUUUGAGGGUAAGUGAAUGAAAAAUAAUGUAUUGGCAGUUUCUUCUUUUUCAACUCAUUUCAUGGCUGGCAACUCUGGAAUUAAUUGAUUGUUUCAACAUCCAUGGCCCAUAUUUACGCUUAUCCCACCAUCACCCCAAAGCUUACCAGCACUUAUUUGUCAACUUUUAAGUUUGGAGGAAGUGGAUGAAAAAAGCAUUCAACCUAUUCUUCUCUACAUUCCCCAGAUUCGGUUGGCAGAAGCUCAGCAGCAGCAGAAGAACGCUGCAGAGAACGCGAAGCCAGAGCAGUUGGAGAAGUUCACGAAGCUGGAAGGCUGGCGCGAGGAGCUCAAGCUCCUGGAAUCUACAAGGGCCGAGCAGGUAUCAUCCUGAUUGCAGGCCUGCCUUCUUUUCUUCCCUACCUUUAUCUGAACAGCAGUGUAGUUCUUCGAAUCCUUUGUAUAUUGCCACUGUUUUGUGUCUUGUUUGGUUCUACUCUACACUGUGAUGGCGAUCAUCUUGAGGCCUUGUUGUCAAAAUGGUCACGGAAGUUUCAACGAGGUUACGUAAUAGUCACCGAAUUCCAAUUUGGUCACAAAAUGGUUACAAAAGUUUGAACGAAGCGCCGAAAUCGUCAGGAGCGCUUCCAUUCAGUAACAAAAGCUGUUUGCUUUGGCAUUUAGUCAACUUUUUUUUGUUACUCUCCGUCAAGAUGUUAGAACAAAUAACCAAAAGAUUGUAAUACCGUAUCGAAAGUUUUACCGGAAAAGCGCCAGAACGUACGUCUUUCGUGUCCACGUGUAACGAGAAGGAAAAGGCAAUGCAUAUGUAUAUGUAUGCAAUGACGUACAUACGAGCAAAAUUUAACCGUUCUUUCACCAAAGUGGGAAAAAAGAAGCAGAAUUAACCGUUCGAGAUAAUCAACAUUCAAUUAAAUUAAUUUCACAAAUAAUUAUGAAAAGGAAGAAAAACAAAAAGAAAAAGAAGAGAGUUUUUCCUAAAACAGAAAAGGCGGAAUUCGGCCUCCUGUCGGUCUGCACUCCGCAUGUCUUUCCUCUGGAACUGUUGGUUUCCCUCAUAGCUCUACAGCUGUAAUACAGUCAGCACCACUCUAUAUAUAAGAAGAUCUAGACAGAGAAAGCCACAAAUAUCAGAAAACGGAGAGGAAGGAGAGAGAGUGACACGGCGGAGCGGAGCGGAGCAUUUUUUUUCAGCCUAAUUCACUUUCUUCUCGCUCCCUCUUAAUUAAUCACCCCCGCCUCGAUCGAUCGCGUUCUUUGAAAUUCUCUCUCUCUCGGAAUUAAUUUCUUCGAUACUGAGAGAGAAAAGAGAGAUUAAGGGGUCCGGCGGGCGGGGGAGAUUAGUUAGUUAAUGAUGAUGGGGAAAUUGAUGAUGCGGGAGAGGGUGGAGGAAAUGAAGCCGGCGGCGGUGAUGGUGGUGGUCCAGGUGGCGUUCGCCGGCGUCAACAUCUUCUACAAGCUCGCGGCCAACGACGGGAUGAGCCUAAAGAUCAUCGUCGCCUACCGCUUCCUCUUCGCCGCCGCCUUCAUGGUCCCCCUCGCCCUCGCCCUCGAAAGGAAGAAACAGCCGAAAUUCCGGUGGUCGAUCCUGUUCCAUGCAUUCAUCUGUGGCCUGUUUGGGGGCUCGCUGGCUCAGAAUCUGUACCUGGCAAGCCUGUCGCUGACCUCGCCGACGUUCGCUUCCGCGAUGGCGAAUCUCGUCCCGGCGAUCACCUUCCUGUUGGCCGUCACCUUCAGGAUAGAGAGGCUGGGGCUGGGAAGCGUGGGAGGGAAGGCGAAGCUGGUGGGGACGUUAAUCGGGAUAGGUGGCGCCAUGCUGCUGACUUUAUACAAAGGAGCGGUUAUUGACAUCUGGUCAACACAUGUUGACCUCCUCCACUCGCCACCUCAUUCCGCCGGCGGCCACGUGGCGGCGGAACACCAGAACCGUGGCCUCGGUGCUCUCUUUGCCAUUGGGAGCUGCUGCUCGUAUGCCCUCUGGCUCAUCGUUCAGGCGAAGAUGGGGGAGAAGUAUCCGUGUCCGUACUCUGCGACGGCGUUGAUGUGCGUCAUGGGAUCGAUCCAAGCCAUCGUAUAUGCUCUGUGUUCUGAACGAGACUGGAAUCAAUGGAAGCUCGGUUGGAACGUCCGCCUUCUCAGUGUAGCCUACUGUGGAAUCGUGGCGUCGGGGCUGAUGGUGACGGUAAUCGCGUGGUGCGUGAAGAAGCGAGGCCCGUUGUUCGUCUCCAUCUUCAACCCGCUGAUGCUCGUCUGCGUCGCCGUGGCUUCGAACCUCCUCCUCGACGAGAAGCUGCACCUCGGGAGCGUGAUGGGCGGGACGCUGAUCAUAUUCGGGCUGUACUUGGUGAUAUGGGGGAAGGGGAAGGAGAUGGACAAGCAGACGGUGGAGAAAGAGCUGAUCGGUGUUCAUAGCAAUGUCAACAUUCCUAGCGUUCGCGUCGAUGAUGACGAUCCAUCGACGGGAACGGAUGAUCACGAGGAUCGUCGGGAUACGAGCGUCGAAAUUGUGGUUGUACGUCUGUCGUCGGAUGGGACGGGGCAGGCACUCGACAUGACUGCGAGGAGCACGAUUAAUAUUCGUGAUCGCGAGGAAGUCGUGGUGGUGCGUGUUUCGGCGGAUGGGAGGUGCGAAGCCGACGUGGUUGGUGAUGAUUCGGAGAAUGGCGGCGUUUCCGUGAAGGCUGAGGAGAUCGCCGCCGGGAGGGAGGAACAAAGUGAAAAGAGAUACGUUACGACUACGUAGCUAGAGAAAUUAAAUAGCUAGAAACAUACUUAGAGAUCAUACUAACUUGGUUAGGUGUGUACGAGGUAGGAAAAAUAUAUAUGUUGUUGGUAGUAAUUAGGGUUCGUAUAUAUGUCGCAUUACAAUGAAGCAAAUAACGGAGCAAGUGUUUGAAAUCCGGCCGACUUUAGCAAAUUUGCAGGUUUUUUUCAAUCCGGCCGGCUGAGGUGAGGGACGGGAGUUUUGUGGGCCGGGCCCCUGGCCCAGCAAGCCCGCCCAUACACGAAAUCACCAAUUUGUUUGGGCUGGAAUUACCCGCUUCGAUCUGCACUUGAAAACUUAAUUUGAGAUCGGUUGUUAAUAACUGAAUCGAGAUCUCGAAUUCGAGGUCAAGCUUGGCCCUUUACCAAAAUUGUGAUUUGUGUUUGACUCGAGCUCGGCUCAGAUGCUUAGUAAUGAUCUCAAGAGCUCUACUCGAUUUGAGUUCGCGAUUUGAGUUCGCCUCGAUUUAAGCUCAUUUCAAAAAUAAUUUAUAAAUUAGAUACUCUAAUAUUUGUAUGUUUUGUGUUUGACUCGAGCUCGGCUCAGAUGCUUAGUAAUGAUCUCAAGAGCUCUACUCGAUUUGAGUUCGCGAUUUGAGUUCGCCUCGAUUUAAGCUCAUUUCAAAAAUAAUUUAUAAAUUAGAUACUCUAAUAUUUGUAUGUCAUCUGAUUAAAUGUCAUGAUGCAAAAUCGAAUAAUGGACAAUUGUUCAUCUUUAAUUGAUCUUAAGUUUAUAUAUCCUGUCAGUAUUUUAUUGUUUGCUUCACUAUUUCAACUAGUUCACAUUUGUUAUUUAAUAACAAUUGAUCAUACCUAAUCAAUAUAGGAAAGCUAUUUUUUUUUAUUUUGAAGUGCGAUGGUGAGAUGUACAAUCGAACAAACCUAUGAAUUAUCAACAAGCCAACUCGUAAGUUAUAGAUCGAUUCGCUCAUAAGCUGUCGCUACUCGAGCUGGCUCGCUAGCCACCCCAAAUGAACCAACUCAUGAGUUAAGUUCAACAAACCACGUCCCGAGUCGAGCCGACUUGUGAAUCUUGUGAGUUGAAUAAUCUCGAGCUCCAAACUCGACUCGUUAGUAAACUAGCCGAUGCCGAAUGAGUUUUUCACGAACCGAAGCUCGCAGCCCUAAACCGAAGUAAUGCAAGAGUAGCAUUAUUCCUUUCCCAUAAACAAACAGAUUUUAGGGCCUCUCAGUCUCUCACCCAAACCCCAAUAAGGAAAUGGAUCCUUACAUCAAGGAUCAAUAUCCAAUAGAAUAUACAUUGCACUCUUCUUUAUGAGAAGAAGAAGAAGAGAGAUGGAAAAAUCCCAAUGAUCCAUUCAAAAAAUGAAAGGAAGGUCAAACGAGGCACCUAGUGGAUGCAUGCCUGGUUGACUUCUUCCUAACCUUCGUUCAAGGAGACCCUGCAACUUGCAGCAAGUCAAUGCCAUUUUUUUGUGUAACUAUAUUGGCAAAUUAAACUGUCAAGAACCAGUUGCUCCCAAUAACUCGAGUUGUUGGGAGAAGGUUCUGCUGGAUCUAAUACAACUCUCUAACACGCCCCCUCAAACGAAAGCCACUCACAAGAGCUUGAAGUUUGCACAGGUCUGAAGACAAGAAUGCCAUGUGCUUAACAAAUAGGGGUCAUCGGGAAUCGAACACAAGACCUCUCGGUUACAGAAGACUCUGAUAUCAUGUCAUGAACCAGUUGAUCCCAAUAACUCGAGUUGUUGGGAGAGGUUCAAUCGUGGAUCAUAUACCACAACACUAACACGCCCCCUCAAACGAAAGCCAACUCAUGGGCUUGAAGUUUGCACAUGCCCACCAUACCUUGUGCUUUAAUCAACUGUUAAUAUUGGGAGUCGUGGAGAUUCGUACACACGACCACUUGGUCAAACCAGCUCUGAUACCAUGUCGAGAGCCAGUUGCGAGUUAUUGGGAGCAACUGGUUCUCGACAUAAACAAAUUAAUUAAAGAUGU